CAAAAAGAAGUCUCUGUCCCUGGUGGUGAAGAGACAAUGGACACUACUUUCGACUGCCUAGUCAUUGGAGCCGGCUGGUACGGCCUGGCUGCCGCAAAAACUUACAUCGAGCUGCACCCCGACCACAAUGUCCAAGUCCUCGAAGCCGCCUCCAGCGCCGGCGGAACCUGGGCCCAGCACCGCCUGUACCCAGGCCUCAAGUCCAACAACAUGCUGGGCACCUACGAGUACAGCGACUUCCCAAUGGACACGCCCACCUACGGCGUCAAGCCCGGCGAGCACAUUCCCGGCCAAACCAUCCAUCGCUACCUCUCCAACUACGCCCAGCACUUUGGCGUCUACGAGCGCAUUCGCUUCAACACCAAGGUCGUGUCCGCCGAGCCCACCGAGGACGGCGGCUGGAGUAUCGCGACUGCGCAUGCAUGCACGGGCGAGAGCAAGGGACAAUUGCAUACCAGGAAGCUGAUCGUGGCGACGGGCUUGACGUCCGAGGCAUUUCUGCCCGAGUUCAAGGGCCAUGACUUGUUCGGCGCCCCCAUCUUCCACUCCAAGGACUUUCUGGAGCACGCCAACACGCUGGAGAUGGCACGCAGCGUGUCGGUGCUGGGCGGCGCAAAGUCGGCGUGGGACGCCGCCUACGCGUACGCGUCGUCGGGCGUGCCCGUCAACCUCAUCAUCCGCAAGUCUGGUCGCGGCCCCGUGUGGAUGGCGCCGCCGUACGUGACGCCGCUGAAGAAGUGGCUGGAGAAGCUGGUGCACACGCGACUGCUCACGUGGUUCAGCCCGUGUAUCUGGGGCGACGAGGAUGGAUACGGUGGCAUCCGCGGCUUCCUGCACGGCAGCUGGCUAGGACGCAAGCUGGUCGACGCAUUCUGGGGCGUGCUGGGCAACGAUGUUAUCUCGCUUGUCGGUUUUGACAAGCACCCGGAAAUGGCCAAGCUCAAGCCGUGGAACGACGCCUUCUGGGUCGGCAGCGGACUCAGCAUCCUCAAUUUCCCUACCGACUUCUUUGAGUUUGUGCGCAACGGCCAGAUUCGCGUGCACGUUGCCGACGUCGAGCGCCUGUCGGAGAAGACUAUCCACCUGUCCAACAGCGAAGAGCUCAAGACCGACGCCUUGCUCUGCGCGACGGGCUGGAAGUCCACUCCGCCCAUCAAGUUCCUUCCGGAGGGCAGCGACGCCCGUCUCGGCAUGCCGCACUACUCGUCCUCGCCCGACAGCCUCGCGCAGGUAGCCGAUCAGGGGAUCCUGACGCUCUUCCCGCGCCUCAAGGACCAGCCGGUGGUGCCGCGCUCGGAACGGCCCGACGCCGCCACGGGUGAGGUGCCGAACCAACCGUUCCGCCUGUUCAAGUUCAUGGUGCCGGCGGCCACGAUUAACGAGCGCAACAUUGCCUUCGCGGGCAUGAUUUCGACCAUUACGACGGCCAUGUGCGCGCAAGCGCAAGGUCUGUGGAUCUCGGCUUACCUGGACGGGCGGCUGGACCGCGCGCCGGCGGACGAGGUGGAGGCGCGCCAUACGACGGUCAUACACUCGCAAUUUGGAAAGUGGCGGUAUCCUUGUGGUUAUGGUGCGCGACUGCCGGACUUUGUGUUCGACGCGGUGCCGUAUGUGGAUAUGCUGUUAAGAGAUGUAGGACUUGAGAACCAUCGGAAGGGGAACUGGGUGCGGGAUGUCUUUGAGCCGUAUGGGCCGGAGGAUUACCGCGAGUUGCCGGCCGAGUGGCGGGGGAAGCAUCCGUUGUAGGUGGGUGGUGUUGUGUUGAUUGGUGCUUCGUUGCGAUUACCCCAUUCGUCGAAUCUUUCUUCGGCUGUCUUUGCAAAUUUUCCUUUCUGUCGAUUUCUAGCAUCUGACCUUCUUGCAUAUACCAUCAACGUUUGGUAAAAAUUUCAUAUUCUUCAUUACGUUCAUCAAUCCCUCUCGUCCGAUUGUACACUUUACACCAA